CUUUUUUUUUGUGAGUCAAUCAGUUCUUUUUUUUUUAUUCCACCUUUAAACAAUCUAUCACCACUACAUAUACAUAUAACGACACGACAGAUCAUGGGGCAACUAGAUCGACAACUCGAGCAAUUACGCAAUGGAGAAUUUAUCUCAGAGCAAGAAGUAAAAGAAUUAUGCCAAAAAGCAAGAGAAAUCUUAGUUGAAGAAAGCAAUGUUCAGCGUGUCGAUGCUCCAGUAACGAUCUGUGGUGACAUUCACGGGCAAUUCCACGAUUUAAAAGAACUCUUCACAGUGGGCGGCGAAUGCCCCGAUACAAACUACUUGUUUAUGGGUGACUUUGUGGAUCGUGGGUUUUACUCUGUCGAAACGUUCUUGCUGUUACUGGCAUUAAAGGUGCGUUACCCUGACCGAAUAACGCUUAUUCGAGGAAAUCACGAAAGCCGGCAAAUUACACAAGUGUAUGGAUUCUAUGAAGAGUGUAUCCGCAAAUACGGAUCGGCCAAUGUGUGGCGAUACUGUUGUGAGAUUUUUGACUACCUCAGCCUGAGUGCCAUCAUCGAUAACAAAAUCUUUUGCGUUCAUGGAGGAUUAUCACCAAGUAUAACCACACUGGAUCAGAUUCGAACAAUUGACAGAAAGCAAGAAGUUCCACAUGAUGGUGCAAUGUGCGAUUUAUUAUGGUCGGAUCCUGACGAGAUCGAAGGUUGGGGUUAUAGUCCCCGAGGCGCAGGCUAUUUAUUUGGUGGCGAUGUAGUACAACGGUUUUUACAAACAAAUGAUCUGGAAUUGAUUGCACGAGCGCAUCAGUUAGUGAUGGAAGGUUACAAGCUGAUGUUUGACAAUACAAUCGUCACUGUAUGGUCUGCACCAAAUUAUUGUUACAGAUGCGGCAAUAUUGCGGCAAUAUUAAAGCUGGAUGACAGUUUGAAUCGCGAAUACAAAAUAUUUGAUGCUGCACCACAGGUAUGCUAACGAGUUUAUCAUAAGAUAGAGGGUAGAGGGGAUUUGCGUAUGUGCGUGUGUCUGUCUUGUGUGCAUAAACCUUGUACGCUGAUCAUUUUUCAAUUAAACAGCAGGACAGUCGGGGGAUAA